GAUGGAUCCGACCGGUCCGACACUGGAUGCUGUCAGCACCGGCUGCCGGCAGCGCUUGCCGCUGCCACCAUCGGCCCGCCCCGAGAUUCAUCCACGCCGCGAGAGCCACUUGCACGUCAUCAAGAUGGGCCGGAGCGCGCGUGCGCUCUCGGUUGGGCUCGUCAAAGCACCCGUUUUGGUGCCGCCGUUGACCAACGACGACGACGAUGAUGAGUCAGAAAUACCUGCCGACAUCACAGAGGAGCUCCGGGCCUCGGCGCCCAAUAUGGGUCGAGACAUGAUUGCGCUCUCGACGACGGCGACGCCGGUUCAAGUGUCCAUGACGCCGCAAGAAGAAAUGCAAACACACGAGCAUUUGGAAGCCGCGCUCAAGGCCAAGACAACGGGCCUGGCCAAGCAAAGUGCCUUUAAAAUUGGCCCCAACGGCACAAGGCGCGUGGUCGACACCAAGGAGUUGAUUCCGGUCCACCACCGCUGGGUGCUGCAUCCGCACGGCAAGAUACGACUGCGCUGGGACGUGGUGUGCAUUGUCUUGAUCUUCUACAACGCCUUUGUCGUCCCGUUUCAAGUGACGUUUGAGACCAACAUGCCCGAAAGUGACAACGAAGCCCUCAUCGACAAAGUUCUCGACGUCUUCUUUGCGAUCGACAUUGUGAGCAACUUUUUCACGGCGGUCGAGCUCAAAAACAAAGUGCAUUUUGAUCGAAGUGUCAUUGUGUGCGACUAUCUCAAGUCGUGGUUCAUCGUCGACGCGGUCUCGAGCUUUCCGUUCUCGGCCGUCAUCAGCGACGCCGACCCCGUCCUCUCCAAAGCACUCAAGCUCUUCCGCUUGCUUCGGCUGCUUCGACUCUUCCGGAUGCUGCGGAUUCUCAACCGGCUGCAACACGCGCUUUUGAUUCGGUCGACGAUCAGCAGUCUCUUCCGCUAUUGCCUCACAGUUCUCUUCAUCUCGCAUUGGUUUGCGUGUAUUUUUUUCUGGGUGUCGUUCCAAGACUCGUACUACAGCGAUCCGCCCGUCAACACGUGGCUCAAGGCCAAAGACCUCCUCCACAUGACGAUCUGGGACCAAUAUAUCGCUGCCUUGUACUGGGCCAUUAUGACACUCGCCACAGUGGGGUACGGGGAUGUGUCGGGUAUUAGCCCCAACGAGCGGUGCUUUGCGAUUUUCGCCAUGUUUGCUGGCGCGGGUAUCUUUGCCUACGGUAUCACCAACAUCGUAUCGCUCGUUUCGAGCUUGACAGCGCACGAGACGGCAUUCCGAGAGAAAAUGGACGAAAUCAAUGAAUACAUGGCGGCGCGGGACCUGCCACGACAUUUGCGCGAUGAGAUUCGGGAUUUUUUUCAAAAUGCACGCAAGUCGAAAGAAAACGACAUGCAGCAGGAGCAAGAGCUCUUGAACGAACUCUCGGCGAUGCUGCGCUCCAAGAUUGCGCUCGCGAUCAACGACCAUUUUCUGUGGAAAUUUCCCUUUUUCAAGGGCAGCGACCCCAAUUUUAUCAUGGACCUCGCGCUCAGCAUGCGCAUGAUCUGCUUUGCGCCGUUCGAAGACGUGUGCGUCGAGGGCGAGCUCGGCCACGAAAUGUUCUUCAUCUUCCGCGGCGCUGUCGAAGUCAUCAAGGACAGCAUGCAACUCACCGUCUUGGGGGAGAACCAGUACUUUGGCGAAAUGGCGAUUCUCAACCGCGAUUGCAAGCGCAUGGCCACCGUGCGCACGCUGUGCUUUUGCGAAUUGCGCAUGCUCUCGCGCGUCCGCUUUCUGGAAGCACUGGUGCAUUUUCCAAAAAUGAUGCAAAAGCUCGCCAACUACUCCAAAGCCCGUGCGAAUGGUGCAGCAUUUGCAAGCACGACGAGGACACCGGACAGCUCGGAGCCCAAGGUCCGGCGCAAAUCGUCGGCGAAACCAAAGGCCCCCGGGUACCGGCUCAACUGGGCAACGUCACCGCCCACCGAGCCUUCCACCACCGAGAGCACGGGCGCAGUGAGCGCUGAAAUGAUGCUACAGCUCGACCAUAUCAAACGCGUUCAAGAUGUCCUUGUUGCCAAAAUCAAAAACAUGCACGCGAUCCUGGACCAGCUGCCGGUCGUACAGGCUCCAGCCGCUACUCCAACCGCCCCGGCGACGAGUGAUAUUGCUGCUUAGUCAUGUAGACUAUAAACAUACCUCUAACUUUUCGAUGGAUUCGUAUCGC